ACACCGACCAUCACACGGUUCAGUUGAUGUUUAGAUGUAGCUGCGCGUGCCUACGCCCUACGCAUUUGAAGCCCUUGGAAGCCAACCGAGGGGACCUGCCACGCCAUUCUCAAAUGUGCCAGGCACUCGCAGCGUCUUCCAGUAUUUUGUCCCAGUGGUGGCGUGUGAUUUCAUCUCGACAAUGCUGCCAAACCUGUCGAGCAAAUGCAAGCUGCAAUUGCUGAUCCCCGUGUCCAUCGAGCCCGCGUGGGUGUCAGCGCGGCGACAGGCGUUGCUAAAGCUUAAGACCAUCGUGGAUAUCCGCGUGUCGAGUCGCAAAGGCAAGCGUAGCAACGCUCUCUACACGAUCGAGGUUUUCCGUAGCUCCGUAGACAGCGAGAGCCCCAUCAGCGCGGAUCGUAGACCGCUAAAGGCGGCAGUGCGAACGGAGAAGACCUUGGGCGAAUUCGCACAACUGCGGGGCGGCAUUUACGACGCUGCAUGGUCAGCUCACGACUAUACGCACUGCGAAUUUUGCGCCGAGCUGGUCGAGCUCUAUGUGCUGGGCAGUGUCGACCCGGAAGCGUUGACGCUGCGGCUUAUGGGCGAGGAGAGAGCACUCCGCAAGCUCACCAAACUGGUCAAUGACCUGCUUGCCCUCACCGUGCAUAACUCGUCAGUUGACGGCGGCGAGGUGUGUUCAGGUCAAGCUCAUAUUCCUCAGAUGCUGCACAACUUCCUAUUUGACACUGAACCAGAAGACACGCACACCGCGUAGAACAAACCUCAAGUACACCCGCUAGUAGUGUAAAUAUCUUGUCAUCUUUCUUCUCUUGUUACCUCGACGUUAAAUUAUACCGAGCGAGUCUUCGUACUCGCGCUUAAGAAAGUCCUGCAACAUCUCGGCC